AUGUCAUCCUCGCAACAUACUGCCUUGGAUCGCAAAGACUACCUCCACUGCACUGCAAGAACUUGUACUGCAAGCCACGACACACAACAUCAAUCUACGCAAGCCGGACAUACUUUGCUGGGAGCAGAUAGUCCAACUGGUGUUCACGGUGGUAGAGCCUCGUUGGGGUCAAUCAUACGGGGCACCAAGGGACAUUUAUUCAGUAUACUUGGUAGUGUCACACAGUGGCUGGGAAGUUCGAAUUCAGGUGGUCGUGACGAUUGCGAGACAGAAGCGAUUUCGCUCGACAGUUGCGCAAGCGUUUUGGAGCCGUCCUAUCUUGAAGGCGUUUAUCCAACUCCCAUGGCUUCCACUUCUGCUGCAUCCGAAUUUUACAACGUUGACAUCAAUGACACACGUUUGUGUGUUUUGAAGCGCUAUCAAAAUUUAAGGAUAAUCGGGUCUGGUGCACAGGGUGUCGUAUGUGCUGCACAUGAUACUCUUCGUGAUGAGCAAGUCGCUAUUAAGAAGCUGAGUCGUCCGUUCCAAAAUGUGACGCAUGCUAAACGAGCUUACAGAGAGUUCAAAUUGAUGAAUCUUGUCAACCAUAAAAAUAUAAUUGGAUUGUUGAAUGCAUUCACACCUCAAAAAACACUCGAUGAAUUUUCCGAUUUGUACAUAGUAAUGGAACUUAUGGAUGCUAAUUUAUGCCAAGUAAUCCAAAUGGACUUAGAUCAUGAAAGGAUGUCCUAUUUGUUGUAUCAAAUGUUAUGUGGUAUCAGACACUUGCAUGCUGCGGGUAUCAUACACCGGGAUCUCAAACCGAGCAAUAUUGUUGUUAAAAGUGAUUGUAGUUUGAAAAUAUUGGAUUUUGGUUUAGCGCGAAGUGCCGGUGAUUCAUUUAUGAUGACGCCAUAUGUUGUAACACGUUACUAUCGUGCACCUGAAGUUAUACUAGGGAUGGGAUACAAAGAUAAUGUUGAUGUUUGGUCAACGGGCUGUAUAUUCGGCGAAAUGAUUCGUGGUAGUGUAUUGUUUCCGGGCAGUGAUCAUAUUGACCAGUGGACCAAAAUUGUUGAGCAGCUUGGUACUCCUUCACCGAUGUUCAUGCGUCGCUUGCAAUCAACUGUCCGAAAUUAUGUGGAAAAUCGGCCCCAUUUCCUUGGUUUUCCAUUCGAUAAGCUCUUCCCGGAUGAAUUAUUUCCAGCUAGCAGCAGUUCUGACUCACGACUUACUGUUGAUAUAUGGUCGAUUGGCUGUAUUUUUGGUGAACUCAUUCGUGGCCGAGUUCUUUUCCCUGGUACGGAUCAUAUUGACCAGUGGUCAAAAAUCAUUGAGCAGCUGGGAACACCCGGACGAGAUUUUAUGCAGAAGUUGCAAGCAACUGUGAGGAGCUAUGUGGAGAAUCGUCCUAGGCAUCCCGGUCUUCCAUUUGAGAUUCUCUUUAGUGAUAAUAUAUUUCCAAAGCCAGCAACCAACAGUGCACUUUGCCCAGCGCAAGCACGUGAUUUGCUGUCGAAAAUGCUGGUGAUCGAUCCCGAAAAGCGCAUAUCAGUGGAUGAAGCUCUGAAACAUCCUUAUGUUUAUGUGUGGUUCGACGAAGCUGAAGUUUAUGCUCCACCACCAGAACAAUACAAUCAUAGUAUUGACUCGAGAGAUCAUACAGUUGAACAGUGGAAAGAACUAAUAUUCAAAGAAAUCAUGCACUACGAGCAAACGCAUGACGAAUAUGGAAUAAAGAAAUCGUUAAAUUGUACAUCAGCUGCUGCACCAUCGUCUUCAUCAUCAUCAUUUCAGAACAUUGAGCAUGGUGAUUGCUCAACAACUGGAAGUACUCUGGUUACAAAUGGCUUGUGA